AUGCGGUCAUCACUUGCUUUUGCUUUGUCGCUUUUCACUUGCUUGAUUUUAUCCUUCGGAGAACUAUUUGACAAGAGCACAUGUGGGAAAACGAAGCAAUGCAUUGUACCUUGUUACAAUCAAAAUCCGGACACAUGCGACUUUGUCGCUUCGAUAAACUUUCGAAAUAUAAGUGGCACUUAUUAUCUGGACAUCGAGCUACUUACGAGGAAUUUUCAACAAUCAAACAGCUAUGUUGCUCUAGGCUUCAGUACCGACCAGGAAAUGAUGGGAUCAAAAGUGUCGGAAUGUUCGGCAUUAGGAGUUGAUCAAAUGAGCCCAAAACUCUCGUACAAUCCACAGAAAUAUCCACCCUACAAUUCGCGGAUAGCCAACAUGACGCAAAAUGAUUUCGAUAUGAUUUUGACGAAUGUCAUUGUUGCCGAAGUUGAUGGGGCGAUUUAUUGUUGCUUCACACAACGAAUCAACAACUUCUCAAUUGUCAACAGCGAAAUCUACAACUAUAAAGAUGGGGAUUUGGAAUAUUUUCUUUUUGCUCGAGGAAAUACGUCGGAAAACGGCCGAGAAGCAACCAUUUGGCAGUACAAGAUUGGACGAAUCUUUGGUGAGGAGUGCCCGAAUGGCUAUGAGUACGUCACAGCGAAGGGCUUAUGCGUUGGAAAUCCUCGAUAUAGAUUUGGAAACGGUUGGGAUGUGAAUGAGGCUUCAUGCGAGUUAGAUGGAGGGAAUUUGGUUGUGAUUCAUGACGCCUUUUACAAUGCGUUAAUUGCUCAGAUGGCCACGGAAAAAUAUGGUGCCGAGCAAGGCGUAAUGAUUGGAUUGAUGUUGAAUGGAACGACGUGGAAAUGGUCAGAUGGCUCACCGAUGGACUAUCAGAAAUGGGCUCAAGGUGAACCAGCAAAUGGAAAAGAAUGCGGUUAUAUGAAUCCGAUUAGCAACGAUUGGUACGCUGGUCCUUGCUUUUCGUAUAAUGAUUUUCUUUGCCAAACUUCUUUG